AGAAAAGAAAAACUAUACACAAUGUGUCACUGUUUACAGUUUAAUGUCAUUAUCGCCUACUCCUACCUAUACGAGAGAGUAAUUUAUGUUAGUGUAAUUAUGUAUGUAGAUGGUUUUCUCCAGGAAGUGAACGCUAAGGGUUUUUUUAUUCAGUAAUAGAAUGCUCGCGGAAGACCUCGCGUGAUCGUCCAGCCGCAGUGUUCUGUCGCGCUCGAGCGCAGUCGAGAUUGGAAUCUGACGCGACAAAAGCGCACACUGACUCAAUGAACGUGGUCAAACCUUCAAACCUCGCCCGACGGGACUAACCACGCGUGACAAGACAGGUCAACUCGCUACCUUUGUUUUUUUUAAGCAUUUUGCCUAUGGCAAAUCGGGAAAAGAACAAAAAGACACUGCUAGAGUUGGCGAAGCUGCCAGAGAAUAGCUGCUGUGCUGACUGUGGAGCUGCAGAUCCAGAUUGGGCUUCAUACACACUGGGAAUAUUUGUGUGUCUAAACUGUUCGGGAACUCAUCGCAAUCUUCCUUCUGUAAGUCGGAUCAAGUCUAUACGCUUAGACUUCUGGGAUGAUGAGCUUGUGCUGUUCAUGAAGGCCAAUGGAAAUCGUACUGCCAAAAACUUCUAUGAGAAAUUUGUCCCAGUCUUUUAUUAUCAGCCCCAACCGGACGAUUGCGAGGUCCUCAGAGAACAAUGGAUUCGAGCCAAAUACGAAAGAAUGGAGUUUACAGAGGAAAAAACAGAAAGAUCCUACACAGCAGGUGUCUAUGAGGGCAUGCUGUGGAAGAAAGGAAAGGAUAACGGACAGUUUCUCGAGAGGAAGUUUGUCCUUUCAGUGCAAGAUUUCACCCUCAAAUACUACAAGGAGGAUGAAUCUAAGGGACCAAAGGCUGUUAUUUCUGUGAAGGGCCUGAAUGCAACCUUCCAGCCUGAGAAGAUAGGACACGCUCACGGCCUUCAGAUCACCUACUCUGUGGAUGAUCACACCAGAAACCUUUUUGUUUACCAUAAAAAUGGACUGGAGAUUGUCAAUUGGUUCAAUGCCAUUAGAGCCAUUCGCCAUGUCUACCUGAAAACAGCCUUUCCUACAGCUAGCGAUGGAGAUCUAAUCCCGUGGAUAACCAGAAGCUAUUUAAAAGAGGGUUACAUGGAGAAGACUGGCCCCCUGCAGCGAGAGCCUUUCAAGAAAAGAUGGUUUAUUUUGGAUUCCCUGGACAGGAAGCUACUCUAUUUUAAAACACAGCUGGAUGCCAUUGAGCUUGGGGUAGUUUUCAUCGGCUCAGAGAACCAUGGAUAUUCCGUGAGAGAGUGUGUCCCUAAAGGGACGAGAGGAAACAAGUGGAAGUUUGGGGUAAUUGUGGAGACGCCCGAUCGGCAGUUCGUCUUCAUGUGCGAGCAGGAGCGCGAUCAGAGAGAGUGGGUGGAGGCCCUGAAAACCGUCAUCUCCAGACCCAUGAUGCCGCAAGAUUACACCACUGAAGCCAAUAUCCGUAGACGGAAGUGAAGACCAUGAGUGGAUGGGACAAUAAGCUCAGACUCUGUCACUAAAUUUAUUUAAAAUGAACCCUGACACGCUAGGUUAAUCUAAGAUUAAAACAUUUGAGUCCUAGGGACUCAAAGAGAACCGUGGAAGAAUGUGGCUUUUGUUUGGGGGGGGGGGGGGCAUUGUUUCCUAACAAGCAGUUUAAAAAAACUCUAUCUUGGUCCUUUUUGGGAUGUGAAACCAAUCUGAGAGGACUGCAGCAGGUCAGAUGAAGACAGACUGACUGGCUGAACUCUCUGAGGAGCUCAAAGGAAAUGACUGCGUCUGAAGAUGGAUAAGAUCUGGGCUCUCGCUGCAAGUGGAGAUCUUGAAACAAGCCUUGACCAAGAUGAGGAUCGGUUCCUAGUGAGAGGUCAGUCGGAUUCACAUGCAGGAGCUGAGACACCAAAUCGAAGCAGAAACCAUCAGGAAUUAUGGCUGUGCAGAAAUGGACACAUGCAAGUGACAUGAAGUGUGUGAUGUAAAUGCUAGUCGUAAAACACCUGGGGUUCAUAAACUGACAUUUGGCCAGUUUUUAUUUUGGGGGUAAUCAUAUGGGCGACUGAACAAAACUGACUUGUUUUCAUGUUCACAGUUCUUUAAUUUUGUUUAUAUUAAAAUCUAUUUUCAAACCACAUAAUACAUCAAUACUACAUUUGAAAUUUUAUUUUUGUUGCUAACACAGUGGAUGCCAUUCUCUUCACUGACUAAUAACUUUAGCAAUAUGUUGAUUUUGCUAGAUUACCAUUUAUUGAAAUAUAUUAUAUUAUUUUAUAUUUUAUAUUGAAGUAAUAACAGUUUUACAGAUAACACUGACCCAAGAGGCUGUCAUUCCCAGCAAAGCACUGUGGACAGUUUGUAGCCUGGAUCUUAAAUCAGCGUUCAGCAGUGAUGUUUUUCAGCAAAGACAAACUUUUACAAAUGAAGCAGAAAAGUCAUGUCAUUUGAAGUGCAACCCCACCAAUGCAUGGUUUAGCUAAUCCUUUAGUUAAUGUUUUUGAAUUGUGUAUCUUUUGUAUUAUUAUUAAAGAAUGAUAUCAGUUUA